GUGGUUACGUGUAGAUCUCCACCGAGCGCUUAAGAAAAUGAGGCGAUUCUCGGGGAAGCCCGCAGUUUUUCAUGUUGUUGUUUCCUUUUUGCUCCUUUGUAGUUUACAAGGAGGUGUGAAUGGACAGUUUGGCAUGGACGAUGUUAACCUACAGGAAGACGUUCCACAACCGACUGAAUCAAGCUGUGAAGGAAGAAGAAGGAGAUCCGUCAAACGCAGUGCAAAUGAGUCUUUGCACGGCACACCACCAGCUUUUGACGAUUGUAUGGUUUAUCGUUACACUUGCCCCGAUCACGUCAGAAUCUCCUGGCUACAUGCAGCACCCUUUCUUUAUGAUGCCAAAGGCAAUGGCAACAAAAGCGAAGAACAUACACCGAAUAUGAAAGGCAUUUUUCAUGAUGUGGUAACCCGAGCAAUUGGCGCUUGUUGCAAGAUAUUUGCUGGCAAAAUCCCGCAAAUUCGUUUUCUCGAAAAAGCGCCAAAUCUAAUGGCUCUACGCCACAAACUCCUCCAUCGCUCGGCAGACAUGAUAAUUCCCGUGCACAACGAUGAGGAGAAAUACGGAGGAAACGUGCCGUACAUCAAGGUAUUAGACUCCCCUGGUGUUAUACUCAUCGCCCCUCAUUCCUCCACGGUUAAAAAAUGGAACUUGGUAUUCAAAGCUGUGUUUGGAACAUGGCCAGUGGUUUUAAUGGCGUUCUUAAUGUCAUCCGUGGCUGGUGUACUGAUUUGGGUUUUGGAUUCGUCGUAUAACUCAGACGAGUUUCCUCGCAGAUUUAACCAAGGGGCCUUCGAAGGAUUUUGGUGGGCUAUUGUAACCAUAACAACUAUUGGCUAUGGCGACAAGACGCCGAAGUCUGUUCUUGCAAGACUGUUCGCAGUGGUGUGGAUAUUGAUUGGUGUUACUGUUUGUUCUGUGAUGACUGCUACCCUCACAGAUGCUUUGACGAGUGUCAAGCUUGAGAAAUAUGACGUCACGUCAGGAAAACGGAUUGGUGUCUUGAAAGACAGUGCUGCUUUCCGUGAUGCUGUCAAUUUGGCCGCCAACAUAACAAUUAUGGAGGACAAAGACGAGAUGUACGACUCGCUGAUAAACGGAAAAGCAAUCGAUGUGGUGAUGGAAGACAUAUUUAUCGGAAUUGAGUCUAUGAAGAUCAAAGACAAGACACAACAGAUGUCCAUUGCAAAGUUCAUUGGACGUAACCGUGGUUACGGCGUGGCGUAUAGCGAAGACUUGUUUAUGAAGGGUAUCUCGGAUUGUUUGUCGCAGUUGAUCAAGUUCCGUUAUGAUGAUGUGCUGAAUAUCACAAGGAAUUACAUUAAAGCUAACACGGCAGCUGAAGGACGUAACGCGCUUUCUGAAAAUGAACGUGACUCCAUCAAAGUGUUCGACCCGGAGUCGCCAGUGUUCUUGGCAUGUGUUAUAGCACUGUCCAUAUUCUUGAUUUUUUGCCUUGUUGGUUGUGGUAUGGGCAUCUUCUUAACCAAGUAUCUCAACAGAGAGAAGAUGGACAUUAACGCAGCUCACAAGAAUUCCGUGACGGGAUAUCAAGAAGUUGAAAUGACGUCAGCUUCCAUUUCUAGAGAAGGACAAAAACAAGCGGAAAUUUAGUGGCGGUUGAAAAGCAUGAUGAGAUGUUCUACCAGGACCAAGCUUAAUUAUAAUAUUUGCCUUAUUAGCAUGAGGGAUACAUUUUCCAAUGGAGCUCCAAGAUAUUAGUUCUGAAUAUUGAAAAGGCAAAGCACGAUUAACUGUCAAAGGAAUUUGAGACCGAUGUAUUGAAAACUUUUUGCGCGACGUGGGUUUAAAAACUCAAAAUUUCACAAACAAUGUAUGAGCUCAUUAACGCUUUUGCCACACAGAAAUUUUGCACUUUUUGAAAGUCAAUUUCUCCUCGAAUAUUACACCCAAAUAUCCAAACAUUUUACCCGGUACUAAGUUUUACAAGCUCUUUAAACGUUUGUAGCAGGAGCCAUAAUCGGGGACGGAGACCGUAAGUCUU